AUGUCCUCCACCACAUUUGCCUCCGAAGCCACCACCUUCGAAUCGGCCCUAACCAGCCUCUUCAGCGGCCCUCCUGAGACUACCGAAGCCGAUCUGGCCAAGUUAUUCACACCUACUUUCACACAACGCGACGAUGAGACAACGCGCGACUUCUCCGCCUUUGUUGCACACAUUAAGUGGCUGCGAGGAAAUCUUCCACCCGGGAGUGUGACGCUCAAGAUUACGCAGUUCCUGCGCGACGGAAAUCAAUUUGCGGAUAGACACAGCUCUACCAUGACGAUGCCAGAUGGAAAAGUGGGUGCUGCAGAGACAUUUAUGUUCGGAGAGGUGGCGGAGGAUGGGCGGAUCGAGUGGGUUGUGGAGACAGUGAAGCGGAAGUAG